AUAAAAAAAAUAAGAAUCGUCAUUGUGAAGAUUAUCAAAAUUCCGCCUUACAAGAUGGAUGAUUUUCUUAAAAUAGAAAAAAUAGGAGAAGGCACUUAUGGAGUAGUGUAUAAAGGAAAGAAUAAAAUAACUGGACAGUUUGUUGCUAUGAAGAAAAUUAGGUUGGAAUCUGAAGAUGAAGGAAUUCCAUCGACUGCUAUUCGAGAAAUUUCCUUACUGAAAGAAUUGAACCACCCGAAUAUAGUUAAGCUGGAAGAUGUACUUAUGGAAGCAUCGCGUCUUUAUCUCAUAUUUGAGUUUCUAUCAAUGGAUUUGAAAAAAUAUAUGGAUACUUUAGGAUCGGGUAAAUUCAUGGAUCCAGCUGUUGUAAAAAGUUAUCUGUAUCAGAUAAACAGUGCUAUCCUAUACUGCCAUCAACGCCGGAUACUGCACAGAGACUUGAAGCCGCAGAACCUUCUCAUUGACAAAACUGGUAUUAUUAAGGUGGCAGAUUUUGGUCUCGGACGGGCAUUUGGAAUCCCAGUGAGAGUAUACACACAUGAAGUGGUGACGCUCUGGUACAGAGCUCCUGAAGUCCUAUUGGGCAGCCAACGGUACUCAUGCCCCAUUGAUAUGUGGUCUGUGGGAUGUAUUUUCUCAGAAAUGUCUUCGAGGAAACCCUUGUUUCAAGGAGACUCAGAAAUUGACCAGCUCUUCCGCAUAUUUAGGAUGUUGAGAACACCUACUGAAGAAAUUUGGCCUGGUGUUUCAUCUUUACCGGACUACAAACCCACAUUUCCAAAUUGGACUACUUUCAAUCUCCACAACCACGUACAAAAUCUUGACGAAACUGGUAUGGAUCUCCUACAAAAGAUGUUAGUGUAUGAUCCAGUGCGUCGUAUCAGUGCGAAAGAUGCCCGCAGGCACCGUUACUUCAGGGACGUGAAGCUUCCACCCGGUCUCGCCACUCAUACUCCCUACAUACGAUACACUGAUGGCUCAACAGACGCCAAAAAUACUGUGCAGAGUGUUUAGUGAAGUGGGCUACUUUUGUCUAGACAAUGCGAUUAUGUGCAUACAAAUAUCAAUGUAAAUGUUUUACGAAUCAGCAGCUGUGUAUUAAAGGCACUGUCUGAAAAUUUGUCGUAAGAUCUUUUCUUACUCAUCUGCAGUAACUAAGCAGUUCAGAUGUAUUAUUAAUGCAGCCGAUACAGCGGUAACUCAACUCAGUUAUGUAAGUAGAGCUGCUAUAAAUCAUAUAACAAAUACUUAUAUGCUAUUAUGUAUUGAGUUUGUUUUAUUGGUUUUAGGUUGUAAUGCUUUUAUAAUGACUAAAAAAUAUUUUAAAAAAUUCUGAAAAAAGUGAUAACACUGCAGGUCAAGGAGUUAUCUUUAAAAUAUGUUAGUAAUAUUGGAAACGAUACUCAAACAUUUUGAAAAAUAGUGCAAUACUUUAUCUACAAUGUGCAAAAUCUAACUAUAAACUGUAUUUAAAUAAAAAAAAUUAAUACACUUCCCCAGUGUACUCGUAGAUUGUUUUUGCACUAUUUAUAAUGUUUGCCGCAUGAGUUUCCAUAUCAAAUAUAUUUUUGUAAAGACUGUUCAUACUCUGUGUGGUUAAAAUUAUGAUAAAUAAUACAUAUGAUUGAAAUGAA